UUUUUUUAAUGUCAACUUUUAAAAUGGCAAUUUUAAAUGCCAAUUUGUUGUUUUAUUUUCUCCUAAUGAUUUUUUUAACAGACAUGAUAUUCAUAAAAACACGACGACGAUGGCGGUGAUAUUUGAGACGGUUGUUCCUCUCCGAGACACAAGGCGGCGCCAUCCGACUCCGGCGCUGCCCUCAGCGAUCGGACUUCAAGCAGACGAAGAAGAAGAAGAAACAGGAGAAGGUUGAUAUGAUAUUCACGUCUGAGGGAGACCUCACCGGGACGGGACAGGUGCACAUCAGAAUAUAGAUAAUGCCAAGACAUGGUGCCUUGUCAGACCCACGUGUUGCUGAAGUGGCAGGAGCACUUCAAUAGCUCCUGGGCAGCGGAAGACAGUGUACAGACAGCCAGGAGGCAUGGAGCUGCGGUGCUCUACAAUAAGCUCCUUCUAAACAAGGAAGUGGUGACUCUGGCCCAACCUGUCCAAGAACUCGUCGGCCCACGCCUGCCAGACUUUGAGUGCGAGUCCAGUGCCUCGGCGGAGAAGGAAGAGUACCUUUCAUCACUGCUUCACAGCCAGCGAUGGCUGGCCCACCGGAUGCUGACGCAGACCUCUUACACCUUGGGCCUCCACCACAGGCUGGUAGUCCUCCAGAGGAUCUACUACGCACUUCACAGAAAAUACCAUGACAAGUUCCGCGUGCAGCUGCCCUCCCAGUCCACGGAGAGUGGCACCGAAUGUGGGCAACUCGAGCUGGCCUCGGAGCCCUGCCGGCCAGGGGGAGCAUCAAAGGUCAAGUCCGGCACGGACGUUCUGAUCGAGAUGGGCGUGAGGACAGGUCUGAGCCUGCUCUUCUCGCUGCUGCAGCAGAACUGGAGGUACGCGGCUUCCGUGCACCCGGAGUCGGUGCUCUGCAAUGACGUGCUUGCCACGGCGUCCUCUGUGCUGACGUCUCUGCCACCGCUCUCCCUGGCCAACGAGAACAAGAUCCCGUCAGUCGGGCUAGACUGCCUGUCACAGGUGUCCGACUUCCUGAAGAAGACUUCUGUGAGCAGUGGGACCGGUGGGGCGGACCCGACGGGCAGGAGGCUAGCGCUAGAGCUGCUGCUCGGCCUGGCCAUGCAGAGAGGCUCUCUGAAGUUUCUGCUGGAGUGGGUGGAGGUAGCUUUGGCUGCUUCUAUGUCCUCCUCAUCCUCCUCUUCUCUGUCUUCCUCCUCCUCACUGAGCUCCCAGAACUCUGCUGGUGUGGGCUUUGAUGUCAUCCAUCAAACACUCCUCCAAAUGAAGCAAUAUUCGGGUUUCCGAGGGGAUUCUGUCAAUACUCAGGUGCCGAAAAAGGAUGCAGAUGGACUUUGCCGACUCUCCCAGGCAGCGCUGUGCCUGUUUGAGGAGAUUUGUAACCUGGCAUCCUACUGCCUGUGCUCCUGCGGCACUAAUGCGGCUGCUCCUGGUUCAGAGAGUGACACGGUCGUGGUGUAUGUGUGGGGCAGCAACAGCAGCCAUCAGCUGGCAGAGGGGACUCUGGAGAAAAUCCUGCUGCCAAAGCUGACUCAGGGCUUCAGUGAUGCUCAAAUGAUUGAGGCAGGCCAGUACUGUACAUUUUCAGUAUCUGCUGAUGGUUCUGUGAAGGCAUGUGGAAAAGGCAGCUACGGCCGCCUGGGCCUGGGGGACUCCAACAACCAGUCAAUGCCCAAGAAACUUGUGCUUGAGCCACAUAGGAACAUGAAGAAAGUGUCCUCCUCCAAGGGCUCUGAUGGUCACACUUUGGCCAUCACUCUAGAGGGAGAGGUGUUCAGCUGGGGUGAUGGAGAGUACGGGAAACUGGGCCAUGGCAACAGUGCAACACAGAAAUACCCCAAAAUCAUACAAGGGCCGCUAUUUGGCAAGGUUGUUGUUUGUGUGUCUGCUGGCUACAGACACAGCGCUGCUGUGACUAAUGAUGGAGAGCUCUAUACCUGGGGAGAAGGCGACUUUGGCAGACUCGGCCACAGUGACAGUCAGAGCCGGAACGUGCCCACGCUAGUGAAGGACAUCAGCGGUGUAGGGCAGGUCGCCUGUGGCAGCUCCCACACGGUUGCUGUGGCGCAGGAUGGACGUACUGUGUGGUCCUUUGGGGGAGGGGACAAUGGUAAACUAGGUCACGGGGACACCAAUCGUGUGUAUCGCCCCAAGGUCAUAGAGGCCCUGCAUGGAUUCAUCAUCAGAAAAGUGUGUGCUGGCAGCCAGUCAUCUCUGGCCCUUACCUCUGCAGGACAGGUGUUUGCGUGGGGCUGUGGCUCAUGUUUAGGCUGUGGCUCCUCUGAGACAACCUCUCUGAGACCCAGGUUCAUAGAAGACCUUAGUAUCACCAAGAUCAUUGACAUAUCAUGUGGAGACAGCCACUGUCUGGCCCUGACGCACGAGAAUGAAGUGUAUGCCUGGGGGAACAACACCAUGGGCCAAUGUGGGCAAGGCCACACCUCAACACCGAUUACCAAACCCAAGAAGGUGCUCGGUCUGGAGGGGGUGUCGAUCCAGCAAAUCACUGCCGGCACUUCCCACAGCCUUGCUUGGACCGCAGAUCCAACUGACCGGCAGCUGGUGGCGUGGCACAGGCCCUUUUGUGUCGACUUAGAAGAGAGUACAUUCACCUACCUACGCAACUUCCUCGAGAGUUACUGUGACGGCAUCGGGAAUGACACCCCCCCUGCCCCAUUCUUAUCUAAAAGGGACCAUCAUCAGUUUAUUUUGCUGUGCAUGAAGCUGCUGUCCAUCCACUUAUCCUUGGCCCAUGCUGGGGGCACUGGAGCCAUGGUUUUGGGGGCUCAGGGCAGACCACUAAGAAACCUGCUCUUUCGGCUCAUAGAUACCAAUAUGCCAGACUCCAUACAACAGGCAGUUCUGAACACGCUGUCCAUCGGUGCAUCCCUGCUGCUGCCUCCACUGAGGGAGAGAACAGAACUGCUCCUGUCACUCCUUCCUCAGGGCCCUCAGAGCUUAAAUGUCCCCUCCAAAGGACAGCGCCUGCAGUUAGACAUGGUCCUCAGCAGCCUCCAGGACCAGAGCCACGUGUCUUCAUUACUAGGUUACAGCCAUUUUGGGGAGGGGACAUCUCUGGGGCCCCCUCUGACGCCCGUUAUGUCCGCCCGGCUUCCCUCCUCAUCCAGCUCCGUGGAGUCCUAUAACCCUCUGCACUUAGCAGAGGUGCUGCUCAGGACCCUGCUCCUCAGCAUAGGCGUUUACACGGAGCGGGCCUUUGGAGAAUUGGAGAAAAACAGUGACAAGCAGCCAUCAAGUGAUCGCCAGGGACAGACUGAUCCUCCUUGUCACUUUCACCAGCUGCUGUCUGGACUACACAAACACUUGCUUGCCCAUUGUUACAUCCAUCCCAACCCUGAGGAUGACAGCAGUGUAACGCUGCUUCGUGAGCAUCUUUAUCGGCUGCUUCCCUGUGCUGCUGAGACUCUCAGGAGAUCUACCAAACUGCUGAAGGACAGCUCUCUAGAUAAACAAAUAAUCAAGAAGCUGCAUGUGGUGCUGUACAACUCAGUGGCUGGCAACCUGCUGUGCCAAGUAAUGUACUCCUUGCUGCUGCUGCCCCUGGGCAUGGUUCAACCCCUCCUGAGUCACUUACUGGCCUUGCUGGAGCAACUCAAUGAUUUCAACCGGUUGCUUCCAGAGACCGGCCUCCUGGAAGAACAAGAACUGAGAAUGGAGGCUCAGAAGACCUGUUCAGAUAAAGGCGAAGAAAACACAUGCCUUGGAGAGCAGCAACCGGAGGAGGAGAGCAAGUGGGUCUGGCUGUUGGAUCUGCAACGGUCCGUAGCGUUGGCAGUCGGCCGUUGCCUUGGUGGUAUGCUGCAAGGCCCGCCGCCCUCACUUCAGGAGAAAACGUCAGACUUCUGGCUAUCAAAUGUCCUCCUCAGGAACGGGCUGGAGACGGACUUUGAACAGCUGGACUCUAGCAUGGCAUGGCUCACCGAGGUGGUACUGCUGGGCAGUAGUGAUGCCAGGCUGGCGGACCUCAGUCUAAAUGAGGACACCAGGACUUUACUGGAGCUGGCGCUGGGAUCCUCCAGAGGAACUGCAGGUGGCCUGUGGCGGAAUAUGGAGGAGUACGCUCACCGCAAAGCAGAAUGGGAGAGUGGAGGCUCCUCGGGUGACUGUUUGCUGCAGACUGUCUGUCGCUGCAGUCUGGCUGCUCUUCUGAAACACACUGGACUGCAGAAUCAGGCUUGUUGGCAGGACAGAUAUGAGCCCUGUGAGAUGCUGCUGAACGUUUAUGAAACUGUUGAUAAAAUCCGAAGCACUCUUUUGGCCCAUAAAAACUAUCCAAGGAUUACACAAGUGCAGACCGCUGUCAAACAGACCACUCAAACUCCCCAAAGUCCUGAUGUAGACAGGCAGGAGCCAGGCACCUCCGUGGAGCAGGUGGGAAAGGAUCAGCAGCAGCAGUCAGAAGGUCACUGCAGCUGGGAGGUGCAGGUUCCUCCACCCCCAACAGCAAACCACAACCAGGAAGAGGUUGCUGAGGAGGACACAUUCGGCAGCAGUCGUAUGUACCUGUCAGAAGUCCUUGAAUCAUUUAUGGCCACCCGGGAGGCCAUGCAAGUACAGCAGAACGUGACCGUAUACGAAUCCUUUGGCACUUCCACCCUCCCCAGCAGCAUGGAGAGCCCAGUUAGCCCGGAGAGGGAGUUGGAUCCAAAGCAGCAGAGGGAGAAGCAGAGGGAAUCUGAGGAAAGCUUGGGUUUCCCUGCUGCAUGCCAUCUGGUGGUGUCCCGCUGUCUCUACCUCCUGCUGGGAAUCAGGCCUGCUUGUGUGGAACCCAGCGUGAGGGAGAAUAGUGAGGCUGUGAACACUGGAGCAAGGAAAUCAACAACAGAAUUCCUAAUGAAGGCUGCUGAUGGCCAAAAACAGUCCGACCAAUCCAAAAACCCAUUGGGAUCUUCCAAGAAUAAAAUGGGUUUACCUCUCUGUUCUCUGGGCAUCAUGAAAGACGCUUGGGAUCGCCUGCGGCAGUGUAUCAGCCCAACCUCACCCAUGUCCCACUGUGGCAGCAACACUUUGCCUAUUCUUAACCAGGUGUUCCACUUUGUCUGUGGGAGCCUGAUCCACGUGUCAUCCUCCUCACCAACACCCCCGGGUGCACAGACAUGCACUCAGGCAGAUCCAAAGGCUAUUUAUUUUGCUAUUCUACAGCAGCAACAUAGAGCUGAGUUGCGUCUGGAGGCCUUUUGUCAGAUGUCAUCCUUCCUGUCUAGGAUGGAGGAGAGGAGCAGUGGGUUCAUAGUCUCCCCUCAGUUUCCUGCAUUGUUGCAGUCGGUGCAGCUUCAGUUCCUCUCUGGAUGUUUUGCACUGGGAACACAAAUCAUCGCCUCUGGAGCUAAUUAUGAGAUGCAGCAUUACAUGUCUGGUACUCAUUCGGCUUCUAUGGAUACGCAAAGAGAGCUGCAGUCCGCAGCCCACACGUUCUACCAGCAGGUUGUGCGUGUGCUCAAACAGAGACUCCUGUCGGAGAAAGAACGUCCAGGUUCUUACCAGCACCUUCUCCUGGCCACAAUGUUUGCACUGAAUUUCUCCUACAAACCAGUGGACCUGGUGCUGGUCAUCAAAUGUGGCAUCCUGGAAAUCCUCUCCAUGCUGACCAACAACAGCUGUGCCCUAAUGAAUCAGAGCUGGUUUGCAGCCUCUAAAUCUGGACCCAUCCUGCUGAGUGGGGCUGUUAGACUAGCUUGUGCCCGUCUGCUUCAGAUAUUGACUGUGGCUGCAAGCUCCUGCGAGGAUUUGCUGCCAAUGGAUGUCUCCCAUGCCCUAAUGGAAGUGCUGCGUGAGCAGCUCCAAAAUAUCCUGUAUACUUUUCAGCAGCAGCAGACCGCCGAGAGAUUGACUGCUGAGGGGGCAGAUCUGGACUUCUGCAGCAAGAGUGCAAAACCAAUCGGAGCGGAAAGCAGCAAAGUGGUUGAAUCUCAGCUGGCAGAUUUCUUGGUGUUUCUGAGGCGUGUACUGUCACUACGAGUAAUGAAAAGGCUUCCUACUUUUGUCCAAUGGAUUGAUCCAAUCAUGGCCAUUGUUUCCCACAAGUGCUCUUCAGGAUCUUCAUGCUUCCAGAACCUUCGCACUGAGCUCUUAGCGUUUCAUGUUUUAGAAAAAGUGUUACCUGCUUGUUCUGAACCAGUUCAAAUUCAACAGAUUGUCGAACAACUCUUUCAGCUCUUGUCUGUUUAUAUGUGGAAGGAACCACUAGCUGAGAAGAGCCACGAGGAGAUGGCUGAAAAAGAAAAGGGGAACCCUGGCAGCUAUGAUGAAUGUAUUCCCAUUGGAGAUUUUUCCUUUGACCCGCACAAGACAAUCUGCUGUUCUUUGGAGAGCGGGAACAUAAUCUCCCACGGCUCAGGAGGAAAAGGGUACGGCCUGGCAACCACUGCCAUCACAGCUGGAUGUUUCAUUUGGAAGUUCUAUAUUACCAAAGAGAACCGAGGCAAUGAGGCCACAUGUAUUGGCGUUUCACGCUGGCCAGUCAAAGAUCACAACCACCACACCACCACUAAUAUGUGGCUAUAUCGGGCCUAUAGUGGCAACCUGUACCAUGGAGGAGAACUGGUCCGCACCCUUCCCUCUUUUACUCAAGGUGACACCGUCACCUGCAUCCUGGACAUGGAGGCUCACACCAUAUCGUUUGCCAAGAAUGACAAGGAACCAAAGUUGGCAUUUGAAGGUGUGGUUGCCUCUGAACUUUAUCCUUGUGUGCUGUUCUACAGCAGUAAUCCUGGAGAGAAGGUGGCGUUGCGUGACCUCAAGAUGCGAGGCAUGCCCAGUAAUUAUCUGCCCGGGGAGCCUCUCUGCAGCCCCCGGACCACAGUGCUGCUGGAGUCAACAGUGCAGCUCCUCCGUAGGCUCCACCAGUGUGACCAGUGGACCUCGCACAUCAACCAGUACAUCCACACCCACCUGGAGCUCAUUGGUCCCCUGCUCAAGGAGGAUGACUUCAAUCUGGGCGUCGGCCCCACACACUCUGAGACGGAACUCAAUGAAGGAAACUUUGCUGGAGACGACACAGUUGAUUUUUUGGGACAUCGCCGGUCCCUGUCGGAGGCCAAGCUGGCUGCCCUUUGCACUGAAGUGUGGCCGGUUCUGGCCCUGAUCGGAGGAGUGGACAGUGGUCUCCGGGCCGGGGGUCUGUGCAUGCACAAGCCCAGUGGACGCAGGGCCCUUCUGCUGGGAGUCCUGAAAGAAGGAAGCUCUCUAGCCAAGCUUCAGUGGGAGGAGGCAGACCUCUCUGUCAGCUCCAUGAAUUCUUGGUCACCCAGCGACACGCCGAUUGUCUCGUUGGAGCCCUGUGGCACAUCCUGCUGCGAUGUCACCUCACUCGGAGGCCUCAAACCGACGGUGUUGUUAGACCUGAUUUAUUUGAUGGGGCUGCUGGAGGAGCAGGGAUGGCAGGGGACCUAUCCAGCCUCCAAAAGGAAAUACUUAGAGGAGAACACAAGAGAAAGUGAGUUGGUCGAGACAGACCCCUGCACAUCAUCGUCCUCAACCAAGGAAGCUUCAAAGAUUGUGGACCACCAGGAGUUGACCUGUUUACCCCAGCCUCUCCAAAACUCCCAGACCUCCAAAGUGGAUGCCUUUGCACAUGAGCUGAGGGCAGUGAGAGUCUCAUACCUACUCAUCGGAGCUUUGAAAUCCUUGACCGUCAUAUUUAGUUGCGAUAAGCUAUCCAAUUUGCUCCUAGUGCCUAAAAAUGACCCUUCAAACUCUACAAUAAGUCCCCUUUCCAGCCCAAACCUGGAUCAGGCCAAGGCCAGCAGUAACCAGUGGGAUGAGAGUGCUGAACUGAGAUCCGUGCUGCAGUACGUUGUGCAGAGCAUGGUGAAGUGGGCAGUCAGGCCCUGUCCCAUCAAACAGAGUGUGUCUCUUGUCGACCUGGAAAGGGCUCAGGUCAUGAUCUACAAAGGAGCCCUUAGCAGACUGCAGGAGGACAAAGAACACAAAGAAUCUGGCCACCACUUCUCCUCUCAGCCCAUUUCCAAGUCCUCCAGCUCGGUGUCCUUGUACAGCGCGGGUUCUGAAGGCACCGCCGUCUUUGGCCAAUCAAACAGAGCCUCUGUCUCAUCCUCGAACAACGACUUGGCGUCCUCUCUGCCGGCAAACCUGCAGGCAGAUGGCCUUGAUAAUUUCAACCCCUUCUUUCCCAUCAGUCUCCUCCAGCACAUGGUCUUAACUCGGUUCCCCACGCUCACCGGCCUGGUCAACGCUCCCCCCGUGCUGCACCCCUGCUUCAGCCUGGCCAGCUCUGCUUCUUGUGAUGCCUUCACAGAGCAGCAGACUAGCUUCAUGGAACCCGGUCCAUGCAGCACACAGGCCAGAAGCAGCCUGGAACGGACACAAAUGUUUGUCACCAGUCGGUUGAUAGAAAUGGGAUUCUCUAUGAGACAUAUCUACUGGGCCAUGGAAGCAGCAGAUGUAGCAGGUGACUUGGACUCUCAAACCAUCGAGGUGUUGGCCAGCUGGAUGCUGGAGCACCCCCUGACCGAGGAGCAUCAUGCAGCUGAGUCGGCGCGACAGGAAGGUGCUCCUGACACCCCGUCGCCAGAUGGACCAGAGACUGUACAAUGUCCCGAGCGCCCCACCACUCAAAUCAAUGAAAGUCUGUUGCCUGGACUCGACUGGAUAGAGCGGGAGAAUUUCUUGGAUGUCCACCUCACGAGGAACAGGCCUCCUCCAGCACGGCGGCGGCGCUCAGGCCCGAGUCACAGGAUUUCUUUCCGACGGGCAGCAAACACCAUCUUCUCCGACUUGCCGUCCCCCAUCCCCCUCCCGGAGCUGUACCAACACCACACAUCAGACAGUGAUUGGCCGGAGCAGUUUCAUCCCUACGCUGCUGAGGAGUCUGAGUUGGGCUACAUGGACGACCCAUACCAUGAAGAAACUUACGAGGAUCUGCUCACCCCUUCAUUCUUUAGCUUGGAGAGAGACACACUGCAGAUAGUGGAGGUGACACAAACACAGGCUGGCGAAGAACACAGUCAGAUGGUGAAGUGUGAGCUGUGCAGCACCCUGACGCUGCAAUUCAACAAUCACGUAAAGCGGCGGCACCCAGGUUGCGGUCAGAGUGCUGCACGUAAGGGUUACGACAGCACCGGGGCCUACGUGGAUGUCUGGUUCAAAGGGGAGUGUGGCUCCAACUUCCCCUUCUACCUCCUCUGCAGCUCCUGCAGGGAAAAGUAUCUGGCUGCCAACCAGAGUGGUGCCAGUUCUAAAUAUGAAAGGAUUAAAGGUCUAACGUCUGAUUUGAUUGGCCAGUUGGACGGCACGUCUGACGAUGAUUGGGAAAUUAGCCACCGAGACGAGUGUGACGCAGACAAGCUGACAGGACUGGAGGACUUUGGGCUUUUGCUGAGACCACUGGGGCUGACUGAGAAGAAGCUGGUGCCAGACCCCAUUGCCUUCAGUGAGCCAGAUCCCCUCGGAGCUCUGGUUUACAGCUCUGCUGACCCAACAAGAGCGGCAGCUUCCAAAGGGAAUGCUGUUGUUGAGCAGAAGACCUCUCUGAGCCUCGGACAUCAGGCAGUAUCACUGAGGGACUCUCAUGAUCGACUAAAGGCAUUAAGAAGAGUCACCUCCACAGCCCAGAUCCUGCUUGCUUACAGCAUGGUGAUGAGAGCACUGUCUCAGACUGCUUUCAGUGCGUCAGCAUACAGCCACUCUUCCGGGCUGGAGUCCUUGGGUUUGGCUGAUAUCCGUAUCCUGGUUCGUUUGAUGACUCUAGCAGCAGGGGGCAGGGCUCACACCUGUGUGGACAGACAGUCUGGUGUAAAGGGGCUGUCGACAGAGCGCAACAACUCCACCUGCCUAAGCUUUCUAACUUCAGCCAUCGGCAGCGUGGUGUCCCGAAGCCCCGCUGCUUACAGGCAGCUAGUGGAGAUAUGCACUCAGGAACUGUUGGCGGCAGCCACAGGGGUGAACAUCGGGACCAUCAGUGACCCAAAGCAGAGAAGUCGUCUCAACUCCAGUCAGACCGCUGGGCACCAGGGAGCCCAGCAACGGAAGGACUACAUCGAGCAGACGCCUCCUACAUUCCGGGUCACACAAAACCUGGUGUCCCUGCUCACCGAAAAGGGUGUCAACUGCCACGGCCCAGAUAAGGCCGAACACGAGGCCAAUGACACAGGAAACCAAGGGGUGUCUUCCUCGUCCUUGCCGUCCUCCCCUUUACCCCACCCGAGUGCCAGAGUGGGCCCCCUGGAGCUGGCCAACGCAUUGGCGGCAUGUGUGCUGUCCGCCAGGCUGACCAGUAAACACCGCCAGUGGGCAGCAAAGCAGCUGUUGCAGGCGUUGGCUGGCACAGGAAGGGACGGUCCUAAUCGGCCCCAAACAUACAGUGACCUGGCUGGUGACCUGCGCAAAAGCCCUCUCAAGAGGCUGGAAGGACAUUACAACAAGGUGACUAGCUGUUCCUGGAACAGUGACCAGAAUUUGCUGGCUACAUGCUCUCAGGACAAGGUGGUGCAACUGUGGAACAUCAGCCAGAACAAUGUGGAAUUACACACCACCUUCUCCUGCAUUACCAGUAAGAUGGACAGAUCAAGCAGCGAGAGGGCCACUAGAUGUCAUCCCAUGUCUCCCGUGUACUGGAGUACAGGGGGAAACUUUUUGGCCGCUCCAGAUAACAAACACAUCACCAUCAUGAACAUCAGGGGAUCCCACUGUCAUGUGGAGGCUCAGGUGUCUCGGGUCACGGCCCUCUGCUGGGCUCACACCUUCAGCUUGUCGGUUCUGGACCAGGCAACGUCCUGCCAGAACAGACCGGCCGAGAGUCUGCUGGUGGCCCGCCUGGACGGCUCUCUCUGCUGGCUGCAGGUUACAAUGCAGCAGAUAGACCUGCAUGUGACGAGCACCGAACUCACCCGCUGCCACAGGACAGAGGCCCCCCAGUGUGUAGCCUGGCACAGCGAGGACAAGCCCUUUGCAGUGGGCUACCCCAAUGGAAUGAUCCUUUUUGCCACAACUGAAGCCUAUGAGAAUGAGCAACCCGUAGUGCUGUCAGUCUUUCAGGACAGUGUGGUUUCUCUGAAAUGGGACCCCACAGGACACUUGCUGCUCUGCUUGGGAAGGUCAGAGGUAGUAAAGAUCCUGGGACGCUCUGAGGGAAACUGGGUGACCCUCCACUCGCUCUUUCACUCCAGCAUCGUUAACAUCGCCGAAUGGUGCCCGCUCGCUGGCAGAGUGCCGGAUCCCAGGCUCAUGGUGGCUGCAGGUUGUCAGAACGGCUCUGUGCAUGUCUGGACGCUGCCACAGGGGGGUACUUUUGUAUCUUUGCCCAACAUAUUGAACAGCUCCCAGCGCCAAGAUAAAAGCACUGAUGUCAAGGAGAAGGCAAAGUGUGUCUUUGUGCUUCAUGGCCACAUCACAGCAGUGAAGUGGCUUUCAUUUUGCUCCAGUGGACUGGCUCUGGUCUCUGGAGGGAUAGGGGGCCUCCUCAACAUCUGGUCCUUACAGGAUGGUUCGGUCUUACAGACUGCUACUGGUUUGGGUUCGGUCGUCAGUACUACCUGGAUACCAAACUUGGGUGUAGCUGCCUGCUUUGGGAGGUCAAAGGAUGUUUUGUUGAUCUGCUGCACCCCAGACUGGAUCAGUCAAAAUCACGUGCUAGCUUCCUGUCGUAUGGUCCUCAGAAGCCAGAACAUCCUGGGUCUAAAUCAAGCCCCUUGUUUGGCCGUCUUUCUGGAGAGGCUGCCCUUGUUAUUGCAGGAGCAGUACAGCUAUGAGCGGACCCACGUGGCGGCCGGUGACCAGCUAGUGCACAGUGCCUUCCUGCAGAGCCUGGCCUCCCUGAGUGUUGGAUUGUCCUUAGAGAAACACCUGUGCCGUUACCCACGCCCUCCACACCACACAAGCCCCGAUGCCCACUCCUGCCCUCCAGAGUGGAGCUGGCUCGCCACUUACGCCACGACGGUCCGCAGCGCUGAGGCUAUUGCCAGCGGUACUGCCUUCCCAGAAUCCUUCAAUCUCUCAGAGUUUCAGGAGGUGGAUGUCCCCGAAAUCAGCAAGGCACUAGACAAUAGUAAGUGGAGCUUCAGAAUGGAUGAACAGCUGAUGUCAUGGGCCACCACCAGACCAGAGGACUGGCAACUUGGGGGGAAGAGUGAGGUCUACUUGUGGGGGAACGGACGUUACGGGCAGUUGGCAGGAAUGGGAACCAACCUCAUGAUGCCUACUCUUGCGCCCUCUCUGUUACAGACACAACAGGUGGUGUGUGGACAGAACUGUUCCUUCCUGGUCCAGUCCAACGGGACAGUAUUGGCUGUCGGGGAAGGACAGUACGGCCGACUAGGUCAGGGAAAUUCCGAUGAUCUCUACGUCCCCACUAUCAUCUCUGCUUUUCAAGGUUAUGUGGUGACUCAGCUGGUGACGUCCUGUGGAUCUGAUGGACACUCGAUGGCCCUGACUGAGACUGGGGAGGUGUUCAGUUGGGGGGAUGGAGAUUUUGGAAAACUGGGCCAUGGCAACAGUGAAAGGCAGAGGAGACCUAAACAAAUAGAGGCCUUACAAGGAGAAGAGGUCAUUCAGCUUUCCUGUGGUUUCCGGCACUCAGCAGUGGUGACAGCAGAUGGAAAACUGUUCACCUUCGGCAGCGGUGAAUCCGGUCGUCUGGGUCAAAGGUCAACAUCCAACAAGUUGCUCCCUGAAAGGGUGGCUGCCCUCGAGGGAUAUCAUGUGGGACAGGUGUCAUGUGGUCUCAACCACACACUGGUGCUCUCCCUCGACGGAAUGGUUGUGUGGGCAUUCGGAGACGGGGAUUACGGCAAACUGGGAACUGGUUCCUCUACGGCAAAAUACUACCCUCAGAAAGUGGAACAGCUUUGCAACAGGGGAAUUAAGAAGGUCAGUUGCGGGACUCAGUUCUCUGUGGCGUUGGCCUGUUACGGACAUGUUUACACAUUUGGACAAGAGCGUCUGAUCGGUCUGCCGGACUCGAUGAUGAGGAAUAAAUCCCGCCCCCAGCUGGUGCCGUCCCUGGAGGGGUUGUUCAUAGAAGACAUCGCCGUGGGCUGUGAACAUGUGCUCGCCCUUUCCUCCACUGGAGACGUCUAUACCUGGGGCUGCAACAGUGAGGGGCAGCUUGGCCUUGGACACUCAAACCCGGUGAAAGAACCCACGCUCGUAACAACCCUCCAGGGGAAAAACAUAAGACAGAUCUCUGCUGGCCGCUGCCACAGUUCAGCAUGGACCACCCCCUCUACCUCAAUAAAAAACUCAGGUGGCUCUGGAAGUUUCCAGCUCGGCCUUCCCCAGUUGGUUCCUCCGCAGUACAACACUCUGAAAGACUGCAGCCCCGAUGUCCUCAGCAUGCGCCUCAGGGUUCUCUACCACUUUUCUGAUCUCAUGUACAAGUCCUGGAGGCUGCUCAACCUGGACGCCAAGAAUCCGGUGUUCACAUCACGCUAUAGUUCAGGGACGACAGCCAUCAUCCGGGGGGAUCUCAGAGGUCUUCUGUCACCCAAGGUCAACACUCUGCCUCUAGUGCGCUCCAUCGGGAGGACGAUGACCCAGGGCAAAACCUAUGGGCCACAGAUCACUGUGAAACGGAUUUCCACAAGAGGGCGUUCGAGCAAACCCAUAUUUGUGCAAAUCGCCAAGCAGGUGGUGGGCCUGAAUCCUCUGGAGCUGCGGCUUCCGUCGCGAGCCUGGAAGGUCAAGCUCGUUGGAGAGGGAGCUGACGAUGCCGGAGGGGUGUUUGAUGACACGAUCACUGAGAUGUGCCAGGAGCUGCAGUCUGGUGUCGUGGAUCUUCUCAUUCAUUCUCCCAACAGCUUUGCAGAUGUGGGCUGUAACACUGACAGGUUCCUGUUUAACCCAGCGGCUCUCUUGGAGGAUCAUAUGGUCCAGUUUCGCUUCCUGGGGAUCCUCAUGGCUGUGGCCAUCCGCACCAAGAAACCUCUGGACUUACAUCUGGCUCCUUGGGUGUGGAAACAGCUCUGCUCGAUGCCACUCGGAGAGCCUGACCUGGAGGAGGUGGACCUGCUCACUUACCGCACCCUCCAAGGCAUCCUUCACCUGGACAACAGCGGAAUCACAGAGGAUAAUUUCCAUGUGAUGAUCCCGCUGGACUCGUUCAUGGCCCACAGUGCAAAUGGAAGGCUGGUACCUGUAGUUCCUGGAGGUCAAAACAUCUCCCUGACCUUCGGCAAUCGGACUGAAUACGUUGAGAGAGCUCUGGACUACCGGCUCCAUGAAAUGGAUUCACAGGUGGCAGCAGUCAGAGAGGGCAUGUCCACCAUCGUCCCCGUCCCCCUCCUCUCCCUGCUGACGGCACAGCAGCUGGAGCAGCUGGUCUGUGGCCUGCCGGAGGUCUCCGUCGAGAUGCUGAAGAAGCUGGUGCGUUACCGUGACAUCGCCGAGAGCCACGAGCUCAUUGGCUGGUUUUGGCAGAGCUUGGAGGAGUUCACCAAUGAGGAGAGAGUGCUUUUCCUCCGUUUCGUCUCUGGCCGGUCCAGGUUGCCUUCCAACCCAGCUGACAUCACACAGAAGUUCCAAAUCAUCAAGGUUGACAGGCCCAUCAACGGCCUCCCUACUGCACAGACCUGCUUCUUCCUGUUUCGCCUGCCUCCGUACACGAGCCAGGCCAUCCUCGCUGAGCGUCUGCGUUACUCCAUCCACAACUGCCCCUCCAUCGACAUGGACAACUACAUGCUGACCCACAACACCGACCCGGCAGACAGCUCCGACACAGAGGACUGAGGGAGGCCGGCGGGGGGUCAACCUGGUGAUGAAUGUAUCUCCUCCCAUGCCAUGCACAUUAUGCACUGAACACAGAUUUUUAUUUGCCAAACCUGUAAGGUAGUGUACUGUACUGUUUAUAUGUGGAUUGAAUUUAAAAGACAUGUGUAGUUUUGGGUUUUUCCAAAUGUGCAAGGUGUUGUAAUUAAUGCAGUGCUUACUCUGAAUCAGCAGUACAGGGAUACGGAAUAGGAUUUUUAAAAUAGAUAGGUGAAUAAGCCACAAAAAAGGAGUUAAUGUGCCUGUUUGUUUUGAAAAUAUGUAAUAAUUGAAUGACCUGUCGCACACAGACAGUAUUGUUGUAAAAUAAAAGUGUUUAAAUAAGUA